UACAUUUAGUUAGUUUUGUUUAGUUAGCUUUUAAUUUAUUUUAGCUUCUUGGUAGCAACCUUCUGCAUUUAGCUUUAGCCUUUUGCUAUUUUAUAAUUCAGCUAACCUUUUGCCAUAUUAGCUUGUAACUAGUUUUAACUGCUUUUAGYGUUUGACAAACUUUUUGCUAAUUUUAUAUUUUAGCAGUCAUUACGUUACUUUUAGCAUUUGGCUAGUGUUUCGCUUCUUUUAGUUGGUGGGCUUCCUUUAGCAUUUAGCUGAUAUUCUGCUUCUUUUAGCGUUAAUAACUGUUUUAGCUACUUCUGUAAAUAGUAAAUGACUUGAACUUUUAAAGUACCUUAUCAAAUCCACGUGGACUCCAAGGUUCGUUACACUACAAUCAUUCACCCAUCAACACACUGAUGAUGCUGGUGAUGGUAGGCUACAUUGUAGCCACAGCGCCCACUAGCAGUAGGUAAGGCAGGUGAACAACAACUGAGACAGCUGGAAUGGGGAUUGAACCGGUGACAUACUGGUUCCAGGACGACUACCUAACCACUCCACCACAGCCGUCCCCAAACUGAUUCAAAAGUAUACGGUCCUUCGGCUCUCAUUUCAGUGAAAUGUAGUUUCUCAGGAUCCUUUAGUUCUUCAAAGAAUGAUUGUUUUCAGGAGUUCAGGAGUUCAGGAGUGCAGAUCAAUAGAAACAUUUGUAAGAUGAAUAUUUUUCCUACAGUGGACCCACCUGUUCCCACUUGUCAGGACGGACUCUACCUGCCUGUAUUGGUGUCUCCAACACCUGCAAACGGACAGCGCAUCACUGCAGAGGUCCACAAAGAGGUGGAGAUCAGAGUGAAAGCACAGGCUGCCUAUUCUUCAAUYCAGAACAUCAUCAUGAGUGGGCCCACCAACAUCACCAAACACAGGACCACCAAGGAUGAGUUCGUCAUUAAGUGGACGCCGACAGCGGACGACCUGGGAGAUUAUUACCCACUCUGCUUCGCUGUGGAAUCUGUGUCGGGGUCAUCCAUCUAUCAGUCUGAGAUGAGGUGCGUUAUAAUGGACGUCAGGAAGGAACAGAUUGCAGCCAGGGUCACCUGCACUGAAUCCACCAUGAAGGUGGAGGUGGAGAGGCGUUCCUUCUUUGGACUUGGUGAGGAUCACCUUCGCCUCAGUGACCCCACCAACACUGUCUGCAGCCUCAGGAGAUACUCCAACCAGACUCACAUCACCGCCAUCAUCCCCCUCAAUGCUUGUGGGACUCAGAUUGAGGAAGACGACGAUUACCUCAUCUUCAAAAAUGAGAUCACCACACUGGACGACGCCCCCAACCAGCUGAUCACCAGGAAGCACCUGGUGGAGGCCCGCUUCUACUGCCAGUACCCCAAACGUGGGAAGGUGACCUUGGGCUUCACGGCGCACAGGAAGAACGUGACAGUGUGGGAGAAGGGCUUCGGCACGUUCACCUACCAGUUCGAGUUCUACCCAGACAGUCGGUUCAGAACCAUGAUCAGCCCCAGCUCCUACCCCCUGGACUACGACAUCGGAGAGAGGAUCUACAUGCAGCUGGACGCCAGCGCCUCCAUCAACAACACCGAGAUGUUCGUGGAGUCCUGCAGAGCCGCGCCCUAUGACAACCCCAACUACCACCCAACAUACUCCAUCAUCGAGAACGGGUAGGCAGAGGUCAAAGGUCAACAGGUCUUAGACCAGCAGCCACUGUAAGACAGGCAGGGGACAUGUGGACGUCCAUCAGAGACACACGGAGACAAAUGAGACAAAUUCAAGCCAGUUCAAACAGGACAGUACAGUCCUGAUCAAACCAGUUAUCAUCUAACUUUAUCCAAUUCACUCUGAAUAAAUACUGAUAAA